CCGCCGUCGCUCUACACCGCCUCCUCCUCUUCUGCCUCCGCGCGCGCUGGGCCACUGAGCGCUCCCUCUUCUCCUUCCCAUGGCUACCGAGCGGCCUUUCCAGCUGGUGGUGUUCGGGGCCUCGGGCUUCACGGGGCAGUACGUGGUCGAGGAGCUAGCGCGAGUGGCUGCCGAGGAUGAGCUGCGGGGCUCCUUGCGCUGGGCCGUGGCCGGGAGGACUCGGGAGAAGCUGCAGGCGGUGGUCGAGAAGGCGGCCGCCAAGCUGGGGAAAACAGAACUGAAGUCAGAAGUUGGCAUAAUACUAUGUGAUGUCAGCGAUCCAUCUUCUCUUGCUUCUCUGGCUAAACAAACGAAUAUUGUUCUAAACUGUGUAGGCCCAUACCGUUUUUUUGGAGAGCCUGUGGUAAAAGCUUGUAUCGAGAAUGGCACAAGCUGUAUUGAUGUGAGUGGAGAACCACAGUUCCUGGAAGGAAUGUAUCUGAAUUAUAAUAACAAAGCUGAAGAAAAAGGAGUAUAUAUUAUUGGAAGCUGUGGUUUUGAUUCUAUUCCAGCAGAUAUGGGAGUAUUAUUCACCAAAAACAGUUUAAAAGGUACCUUAACUGGAGUUGAAAGUUUCUUGACUGUAAAAUUCGGACCAGAGGGUGCCAGUUUGCAUGAUGGAACCUGGAAAUCAGCUGUAUAUGGCUUGGCAGAUCAAGACAACUUGAAGAAAAUUAGAAAACAAAUUGGACAUAAACCACUUCCAGUAUUUGGAGCAAAACUCAAGAGAAGAGGUGCAGUAUUUUACAGUAAUGAAUUCAAACAGUAUUCCAUUCCAUUCAUGGGAUCAGAUGUCUCUGUAGUAAAACGAACUCAGCGGUAUUUGCAUUCACAUUUGCAGGAAACACCUGUGCAAUAUGCUGCUUACACGACUGUGGGUGGUCUCAUUUCUCUCAUGAAGCUAAUGUUUGCUGGCCUUUUAUUUUUAAUGCUUGUGAAAUUCAACUUUGGAAGAAAGCUCCUGGUAAAAUAUCCUGAAUUCUUUUCUGGAGGACAUUUUACAAAGGAGGGGCCAACAGAAAAACAGAUGGAAGGAGCAUCUUUUGAAAUGACCUUUCUUGGAGAGGGAUACAGCACAGGACAAAAUCCACAAGAUGGCAAACCUGAUGUUAAAAUCUGCACCCAAGUGAAGGGACCAGAGCCUGGUUAUAUUGCUACACCUAUAGCAAUGGUUCAGGCUGCUGUGGCACUUCUCAAGGACAAGAAUUCUCUUCCUAAAAAAGGUGGUGUCUAUUCUCCUGGGGCUGUAUUCUGUAAUACAAAACUUGUGGAGAGACUGAACAAGCAUGGAAUUGAAUUCUCUGUCAUAAGCAAGCCUGAAGCCUGAAAAGAAAAUUCCACGCAUAAACACAUUCCAAAUGAAAUAAUAAGAAAUAAAGUUGCUAAACUUAGUAUAUGUAGUGUAAAGAUACUGUUGCUUGAAUGUUCAAAUGAGAGUUAGGAAGACGGACUUAGUAGUAUUGGAAAUAGGUUUCAGCUGCUGUUAACUGCAGUGGUUAAUCUAAUAGAAAGAUCCAUAGAGCCCUCUUGCUUUUUAGAAACAAAGACUUUCCAAACACAUUCAACUGAAUUUCCAAGAGACAUCAAAUUCUAACUGUAAUCCAUUUCAUUUUUUAAACAGUAACUAUGUAUACUUUUUCUUUCUAUUAUUUGAUUUUUGAAAGUUAUUGCAGGUUCAGUUGUGGAAACUGUGCCUUAACUGAUCAAAUAUUGGACAUGGGAAUAAAUUCCAUUGACAUCUUUGCUUUAUUGCCCAGCCACAAGUGCAUUUAUUUAAAUAAUUUUUGCUGACUAAUGAAACAAAAUAAUUGUGCUUGGCUUAGGUCUUACAGGGUCCAGUCAUUCGGUAUUUUUCUAUAUUUAAAUAUUUGCUAUAGCAUUAUGAAAGCAUUUAACCUGUUAAGUGGUAACUUCAUAUCUUAAGUAUCCAUUGCAGCUGAAACAUACCAGAGUAGCUGGCAUUUUUAAGAACUUAAUCUCAUGUCAGAAUAUGCUAAUAUAUAAGAAUAAAGAUAUUUAGUUGCUUUUAUUUUCUUCGUUAUUUUUUCAGUGCAAUAAAAGGAUUGAAAAUUUG